AAGGAGCUGGUGAUAGGUUAUAGGUUAUAAGACACAGCCCAGGGACCUACUUCCCCCAAUGCACUCCACCUCCCAAUAGUCCAGCAGUUACAAACUCCCCAGUAGAUUACCAUAGCGCAGAUUUUCCCCACCGCCACCCAGUCACCGCCCACAAAGCUCUGAACACGUGAGACCUUUCAGGGACAGUUUAGAUCAUAACCAUCAACAUUUCUCUCGGUGUCUGUAGCCCUGUCUUCGCAGUAUUGUGAGUGAACACGAACAGAGGCUUCCACCUGGGUGACCCUUGAAAAGCACAUUGCCUAGUAUUUCUCUUUUCUUUUUUGAAGUGUGUGUGGGGGGCUGGAACCCAGGACCCUGCGUGUGCCAGGCAAGUGCUAUACUACUGAGCCACACCUCCAGCUCUUUGCCCAGUGUUACCGUUUGAUGGGAACCCAGGGGAUGGUACCCAGAGCCUCCACACUGAGCCUCAUCCCCAGCCCCUUUUUCAGUUUUGACUUUGAGACCAGGUCUUGAUGAAUCACUAAGUUACUCCAAGCUGAGCUCCAACUUAUGAUUCUCCUGCCUCGGCCUCUCAGAGUGCUGGGAUGAAAGUUGUGUAUCAUUGCGGCUGCCUUGCCUAGUAUUUUAUUUUAGUUUUUGGUUUAUUUUAGUUUUAGUUUAUUUGAGUUUUGGAACUCAGGACCUCGUACUUACCAGGCAGGCAAUAUACCCCUGACCUAUAUCCCCAGCCUUUGCCUAGUAUUUUUAAACUUGUCAGGACCACAGGCUUAUGAGGGACUCCAACUACAUCUAAAAGCCACCCGUACCUCUCACAUACAAUAUUUCCUCCAAAGUUUCUGCAGACAGGAACUUGAUACACACUGACUCCCAAACCUUAUCUGUGGAGCCAUUCAUUCCGAGUUAAGAACUUGGGGCUGUUUGGUUCUAUCCUUUUAUGCACGAGAAAACACAGACACAAAUGCAUCAAGCCUCUGCUCAGGGUCACACAGAUAACCAGAAACCGAGCUGGUGUCAGAGCCAUAUGGGUGAUCGAUCACCUAAGUUAGGACUGAAUGCAAACCAGGGGCCCACCCCUUGCUAGCCUGGCCAUAAGGGCAAGAAACAGAAUCUCCCUGUGCCCACUUAGUGAGACUCCGUCUCAAAAUAAAAAGAAUCCAGGAAAAGAUUGGGAUGUAGCUGGGUGCGGUGCAUCUCCAUGCUCCUUUGUCUUUUUCCUCCUCCUCCUCCUCCUCUUUCUCUCCUUUUUGAUGUUCAGCCGGAAUGAUCUGAGGGUUUAGCCUGCAGCCUAAGUGCAAGUCCCAAUCAAAGAACUCCUGCCACCUAGUGGUCCCGUGGGGAAUAAUGUCGAAUUUGUGGCUUUGUUUCUAUCUGGUGACUUCAUGAGGUUUCAAAUUUACUAUGGUGCAAAAGCCAUGGGCAUUCAGUAGAGGCUGCACUUGGAAUUUUUACCUUCUUUAGAAACAGUUAUAUACAGUACAAAACUCUCUACAUCCAACAUUAGGUUCAUGUGAGUAUUCUGAGCACAUUUAUGGCAGGCUUGCUAAGCGUAGAUGUGUUGAAUGCAUUUUUUUUUUUCUCAAACCCAGAGUCUUGCAUAUGCCAGGCAAGUCUCUACCACUGAGUUACAGCCGCAGCUCUAAAUGAUGCAUGGUGUGUGUGUGAUGCUGUGAUGGGAAUCAGGGCUGCUAAGCAAGUGGCUUAGCACUGAGCAACACCCCAGCCUUUUUUAUAUUUUUGUUUUUAGACAAGGUCUUAGUAAAUUGCCCAAGCUGGCCUCUAACUUGUGAUGCUCCUGAGCUUGUGAGUCUUCUGAGCUGCUGGAAUUACACCUCCACACCUGGCUCUAAAUGUAUUUCAACUUAGGUUGUUUUCAAUUUAUGACAGAUUGAUGUCAUAAAUUGCAUGUAGCCCCAUUAUAAACUUAGAAUUAUCUCUCUGUAGUGACUAUGCUAGAACCCUUGCCUGAGUGGUAUUUCCUGGGGGAUUAGUGGCUGAUCUUGGGCAACAUUGCAUAUUUCUUUUCAAAGAGUUUGUUUGAACAUUGUAUCACUUUUUUUGGUGGGUAACAAAGUAUCCUAAAAUGCUGGAUAUCUAAAAUAUAUCCUAAAAUGUAGCAACUUGAACAAAAUGUAGCAAUGUAUCCAAAGUGUCCUAAAAUGUAGCAGCUUGGAACAAUAGUCACUAACUCUCCAAUCUGUGGGUUAGCAAGCUGGGCUGAGCUCAGCAGGAUGGUUCUUUGGUUGUUGGUCUUUCUCAGCUUUCUCCUGCACUGUAAUUAGUUGAUAGGCUGGCUGGGGCAGGAUGAUCCUAAAUGGCUUCAUUCAUUUGCCUGGCAGAUGGCUGGCAUGUCUUCAUCCCCCUGUGUAGUUUCUCCAGAAGGCCAUCCUGAGUUCAUUUGCUUGAUUGUUGUAGAGUUGCGAGGAAAAGCAGAAUAGGAAGCCUCAAAGGACAAGCAUUCAUGCCAUGGCUACUGAAUGCCUCAUUGUCUGGCUCAAGUCACAUGAUCAAAUCCAGACUGUGUUUUUUCAAUAUCAAGAACUUUUCCAUUGCCAAGACACAAUACCUGACACUCGUAGCUUAAAGGAGCAAGAGUUUAUUUUGGCUCACGCUGUCAGUCCGUGCUUGGCUGGCUCCCAGGCAGAAACAAGAUGAUGGGAGGGUGUGGCGGAGGAAGGUUGCUUAACUCAUGGCAGGAAGCAAACAGCCAGGGAAGACUCAGGGCAAGAUGAAAACAUCCUCCAGAAUGCAUGCCCAUCGGGCCCAGCUUCUCUCAGCAUUCUGGGCUGGGAAGUCAUUCAUGGGUUGAUGCAUUGAUGAUGCCAGUGUCUCCAUGAUCCUGUCCUCUUUUGAAAGCUCUGAACAUACGAGACUUUUAGGGGCACAUUUUAGAUCUAGACCAUAAUUAAUACAAGGCAGCCUUACGAACACUUUCAUCUUGGACUUCUCAGUCUCUAGAAAGAUCAGAAGAUCCUUUUUGUUAUUGUUAAGCCAUGUAGCCUAUGGUAUUUUAUUAUGGCAAUUACAGCAGAUGGAUAAAGACCUCUUUCUCUCUCUUUCUUUUGUAGCACUAGGGAUGGAACCCAGGGCCUUGCACAUGUGCAGCAGGUGCAGUAUCACUGAGCCACAGCCCUGGCCCAGCUGAUCAGUGCAGAUUUUAUCAUUAAAGAGUUUACCCUCCGGGCUGGCUCACUGGUCUCAUUAUGAAAACUGACUCUCUGUAGUAUAUGAGGCAUUUGCUUUUCUUUGUUGUGGGGUUCUCUUCUUCAAGCUUCUGUACUCCUCCCUCCUCCUUCCCUUCCUCCCUCACACCCCGUUUCUCCAUAUUUCACCCUCUUUAUGGGUUAAGCAGACUUCUGGGGCCAGCCUGGGAACUAGGUCGUGUUUCCCUGUGUCGCUGUCUGUAUAACGUCCUGCUCAGGAGAGGGUGGGUUGGUUGUCACCACCUUUUCUUGUCACACCAGGCCCUUCCUAAGGUAAUUUAGGAAUGGGUUCUCUGUUCUUCAGCAUACGAAGGGAACCACUGGCAUGGCAAGCACAUCUGUCUUGUCCACUACUUGCUUCCUGUGUGUGGCCGACACUCAGUAUUGUCCAGAGAAUGAAAUGAACAUCUCUGGCCUGGACUCAGGGCUGCCUGGUGGCUGAGUUCUCUGAGGGUGUCACCGUCUCGCUGGUGAUGACCCAUGACCCACCACAGGCUGGCCUCCCCACUUCUGAGCACAUCCUCCCAAUGAUGAUGGGUCAGCUGCCCACUCACAUGUGUUCUCCGGGUGGCGCCAUCUGUCUUCCUUGUUGGGAAGCUGCACUUUGGCCUGCACUCAGCUCCUAAUCAUUCCUCAGAGCGGGGGACAAUUUGAGUGACUCCCCUUGAAUGCAGAACAAUUACUGCAACUUUGAUUAUAUCCAGACUGAUUUUCAUAUACUGAUACGUACAGAGCUGACUAUGGUAUUUUCUUCUCUCUUCAGUGGGCUCUAAGCAUUGCAAAUAAGGCUAGCCGAGGCACUGGUGUGUGAUCUCUAAAGCCCUCAGACAGUCUGCUGUUUCCUUGCAUAGAGUUCUCUAUAGUAGAUAUGGGGAUGGUAGAGCCAGUCAGCUCCAGGAGUGUUCACUGGGUAUGAGCCUCAAGGUAAAGGGGCUAUGACUCCCCAGGGCACAAAAGUUUACAGAUCAGAAACUGAAGCAACAGCCUCCAAAAACAAUUCAGUUGCUACCUUAAUUGAGUAAUGCAAAUUGAUCCUUCUGUAUAUCCUUAUGUCUGCAUUUUGCAGAGAUGCUUUUCUCCCCACCUGGCCAGCCAGCUCACGUUACCAUGUAAUUCCCGCCAUCCUCACGGUCACUCAUCCCUGAGCCACCCCCCUUCUUCACAAGAUAAUAAGUUCUGGGAGAGGCCUCGGAUCAGGGCCUUUGUCCGCACAGCCUCACGGGGGCUGGCCUCAGGACCCCUUGGCUGCCCUUCACUUGGAACAUGUCUUGGUGUCUUCACUCUCGCAGUGGGCUGCAUUGGAGGUGGGAGGUUGGAAUUAACUCGCUGGGAUUCCAAUAACAUCUCAGUGGGAUUACAAAUACAACUUUUUGGAUUGUGAGGAAGACUAGAAAAAGGAUCAGGAUACUUGGAUAACUGUACCCAAUAUUUGGGGUUACAGUACCUCAGGGCUGUCUUUUUUUUUUUUUAAUUUUAUUUAAGGAGGAAAAAAAAGCAGAGAAAGGGUACAAGUUAUACAGAUUUACAGAAAAAAAAUUAACAGUAGGAAAUCACUAGUUAAUGGAUUACAUAUUGUCAUCUUAGAAAUAAUUGUUCAAGUCACAAAAUUAAAGCUUGUAAAGUGGACAUUCCCACAGUGAGACUGCAAACAGUUCUGUUCAAUGAUCCAAUAAAACUCAGUGAUAUCAUUUUCUAUCUUAUACACUUAAAUAUACAUGCAGUUAAAUCAUUUAGAGCACUUUCUUUUCCUCUCUUUUGUACAAUGACAAUUACACAUUUUGGGUUUUGUUGCUCCCACAGUGCUUAUUACAUUUUUUGGAAGAGAGUAGAACCAAAUGUGACGUAACAGAACAGAGUCAGUCAAAUCAAAAGGGUGGACAUAAUAGAUAAUGUAAAAGCAUAAUACAAGGUGAUCAACAAUAGUUACCAUAAUGCCUCCCACUAUCUCUAAUAGAAUUGCCUAUAUCAUCAGUUAUAAUAAAAUUGAACAAAACAGUAAAGAACAAAACCGACAAAACCAAAACAUUAGAGACAUUGUAGGUCUUCAAAAGUAGAUAAAAGUCAUCGAAAAUGGGCGUCAUAAUGAAUCUCACUAUCUUCACAGCUGUUGGCUAAACUUUCGAACCUGGUAAGGGCUGUCUUGCUGGCAUUGCCAACUGGCUUUGCAGUGGGGUGUGUAGGGAUAGGUUUCUCACUCUCAGUUGGUCUGUUUACUUGAGGCUGGUGGAGUGGGGGGUCAGGUGUGUGUGUGUGUGUGUGUGUGCACGCGUAGAGGAGGAGAGAGAGCGCACAGACAUAAGGAUAUGCAGAAGGAUCAAUUCUACAUUGAUGGUAGAAAUGUAAACUAGUACAGAAAUCAGUGUGGAGAUUCCCCAAAAACCGACACUAGACCAUUCAACCCAGCUAUUUCGCUUCUAGUUAAAAGUCGUCAUUCACAGCAAUCCAUGUGCCCCAUGUUUAUGGUAGUACCACGCGUAGUAGCUAGAUCUGUUUUUUUUUUUUUUUUUUGUCUUUUUCUUUUUUAUCGGUACUGGGGAUCGAACUCAUGACUGCCUGCUUGCAAGGCAGGUGCUUAUGCCGCUGAGCUAAAUCCCCAGCCCCAGUAGCUAGCUCUUACAUCUGUUCAUCAGCAGAUGAACGGAUGAGGAAAACGUGGCAUUUACAUCCUUCUUCACCGUACGGAGUUCUACUCGCCAUAAGGAUAGAGUUGAGUCAUCUGUGGGAAAAUGGGUGCACCUCGAGACUAUAAUAUUAAAUGAAAUAAAUCAGACGCACAAGCUUAAAUAUCACCUGGUUUCUCGUACAUGAGAAACCCAAAAUACAAAGGAAGGGCAGAAUAAAAAUAGAUAAUAGGCCAGUGUGGUAGUGCACACCUGUCAUCCCAGCACUCGGGAGGCUGAGGCAGGAGGAUCACUGUGAGUUUGAGACAAGCCUGGGCUACAAAGUGAGCUCAAGGCCAGCCUGAACUGCGUAGAGACCUUGUCUCAGAAAGACCAGAAAACAACCAUCGGAGGUAAGAAGACAGGGCUUUCUCAAGGGGUAACCAACGGGUCAAGAGAGGGAGAGAGGGGAGAGUAAGGGGAUGCACAGGCGUGAAGGUGUGGCAUGCGCAUGCGCCAGCUCCACGCAAGGCGGGCACGCGUCGUGUGCACACAUAUGCAAACGUGUACGCAUAGAAACAAAAAGCGCAGCGGCGGUUUGCAUACCAGUAACGCAGUUCACCAGCAGCCCAUUGGAACCCGGAUCUUCGCGAGUCUUCGGAACCGACGGAGGCUGCAGUUCCCACCGCGACCACGAGGGGCAGCUGUUCCGAAUCGGGGCGCCUCGAGCGCUCCCCCACCCCCCUAGCGCGCGAACCUCGGGUCCGGGUGCUGGGGCGCUGCUGCGGGCGGGCGCCCCCUCUCCGGCUGCUCCGGCUCCUCCCGCAUCCUCACGGCCCGUCUCACGCCCGCGGUCGGCCCACCCACCCCCGGAGCAGCUCUGACCUCUCCGUGCCCUGCUCCGGGGGUGCGCGCGGACCCCUUUUCCCCGCCCUGGCAGCUGCACUAACUGCUGCCCGCUCGGAAGGCCGAGGCUUCUCUCUGGUUCUGUGCCUCAGUUUCCCCUGCAGUGUGGGCCUCACCGAGGGAGGGCAUGUCCAGGGCACGGGGUUAAAGACCGGGGACGGCCCCGGGGAGCCAUCGAGGGUGCUUGAGCGGGAGCACGGCCUCCGCCGUGAGGAGGGAUGGGGUCCCCACUUUCUUUGCGCCCCGGGCUUGUUCCAGUCCGGGCUUGUUGCAGCCGGACUGCUCGUCGGGGAGGCGCGGGUGGCCCCGCCACCAGCCGUACUCCUUCCUGCGUGCCCGCCUGGGUGGGGCGUCUGCUCCGGGACCUCCCUCGGACGCCAGGUGGGGACGCCCUGGCAGGAAGCCUGCGGCCCGUGUCACCUUCGCGGAAGUGCCGGUGCCCCCCGCCCCCGCCGUGCUGGAGUCGCCGGCUGGGGACGCAGCAGCAGCGCAGCGCAGCGGAGGGGACCCGGCUGCAGGGCGGCCUCUCGGUCUGCAGGAAAUUCACCCUGGAACUCAGGCGGAGGAAGCUGAGCCCUUGGCUUGUUCGCUGACUUGAGUGGGCGCCCAGGCAGCCAUGGAUGUGGGGCUCUUGGGCCUGCCGGAUGCACCUGGGGUUCCCGGAAGGACGCUCUGGGGGACUCGGGGCCGGGGCCCAGCCGUGCGUCGGCGGCAGCGAGAGUUCAUGCCGGAGGAGAAGAAGGACACGGUUUACUGGGAGAAGCGGAGGAAGAACAACGAGGCGGCCAAGAGGUCCCGGGAGAAGCGACGUCUCAACGACGCGGCCAUCGAGGGCAGGCUGGCCGCGCUGCUGCAGGAAAACGCCCUGCUCAGGGCCGAGCUGCGGGCUCUCAAGCUUCACUUGGGGCUCCUGCCGUCCCUUGGGGGUCCCCAAGUCUCGCCUCUGCAGGCUGUGCUGUGGGCGCCGCGCUGGCCCGGGGACUCGCCCCCCGAGGCUGACCCAGUCCUGCCGCUGCCUGGCUCUCACUGCUGUCCCCUGAGCCCGUGUUCUCUGGACGCCGGGAUUCCAGGGUGCCGAGGCUGCCUGCUGGCUCCCGGGUGGCCCGGCCUGGCUGCUGCUCCCAGGAUCUCCCAGGAGCCCGCUGCUCCUGCCCGCAAAGGAACUGACCGGAACUUGCAGGCUGCCGUCCCCACCGCCUGCUUGGGCUGCCAUCUCUUGGACGGGCACCUGUGGCCCGGGCUGGAGCUGAAGCCUUGCUGGGGGCUGUGGUCCCCCGUGCACCCCGCAUGCCGGGCCUCGGGGCCCUCGGAGAUGUUCCUGAGGCCCUCUGCGGAUCCCACUGCGAUUUCUCCGGGGGUGACCGGCCCCAUCCCAGGGAACGGUCCUGAGGGGAUGGCUCAGCCCUCCCUGCCCCACAAGCUGCGCAUCAAAUCCCAGGCUUUGGGCAGGGUGUGCUGAGGCUGCAGGGCAGCCGGGGGUCCCUCGGAGGGCUUCCCCUCGGCAGGCCCAGGCCCGCAAGAGGGUGGCUGGCAUUGGGCCUUGCUUUGUUGGACGGGUAAAUGGCUUGGCCUUGGCCAGCUUGGAGAGCUCAGGAAGGCCUGCAGGGAGCGGGGGCUGUCCUGCCUGGGACGGUCCACUUCCCAGGGUCCAGAGCAGGAAUCCAGGCAGAGGGACACCGUCCCAUCUUGGUUUCUGUCGUAGCCUUACCCUGCCUUGAAAAUCUGUGCUUUGGGUUAUACUUUCCUCCCUCCUUCCAUUCAUGUGUUCCGUUGCCAUCCCUCCAUCCAUCCCUCCAUCCAUCCCUCCAUCCCUCCCUCCAUCCCUCCAUCCCUCCAUCCAUCCCUCCAUCCAUCCCUCCAUCCCUCCAUCCCUCCCUCCAUCCCUCCCUCCAUCCCUCCAUCCCUCCAUCCAUCCCUCCAUCCAUCCCUCCAUCCAUCCCUCCAUCCAUCCCUCCAUCCCUCCCUCCAUCCCUCCAUCCCUCCAUCCAUCCCUCCAUCCCUCCAUCCAUCCCUCCAUCCAUCCCUCCAUCCCUCCAUCCAUCCCUCCAUCCAUCCCUCCAUCCUCCAUCCAUCCCUCCAUCCAUCCCUCC